CAACGGCGCGUAGGCGGGGCCGCUUCCUCCAGGAGUUCCGCGCGAAGUGGCGGGAGCGACGGCUAUGGAGGCGCGGGAGACGAAGGAGGCGCAGAUUGCUGCGUGGUUGAAAAAAAUAUUUGGAGAUCAUCCCAUUCCACAGUAUGAGGUGAACCCACGGACCACAGAGGUUUUGUAUCACCUUGCAGAACGCAACAGGGUCCGCGACAGAGAUGUCCAGCUGGUAACGGAAGACUUGAAACAGAAAGCGAGCGAGUAUGAGUCGGAAGCCAAGCAUCUUCAAGACCUUCUCAUGGAGAGCUUGAACUUCUCCCCUGCCAAUCUCUCCAGCACAGGGUCCCGGUACCUGAACGCUUUGGUUGAUAGUGCAAUGGCUCUUGAAACAAAGGACACCUCCCUUACUAGUUUUAUCCCCGCAGUGAAUGAUCUCACAUCCGAUCUUUUUCGAAUGAAAUCCAAAAAUGAAGAAAUUAAGCUUGAGUUGGAAAAACUUGAAAAAAAUCUAACUGCUACUUUAGUAUUAGAAAAAUGCCUACGAGAGGAUCUGAAGAAGGCAGAACUGCAUCUGUCUUUCGAAAGGGCCAAGGUUGACAGCCGUCUUCAGAACAUGGACUUCCUGAAGGCCAAGUCAGAGGAGUUCCGACUUGGCAUCAAAGCUGCGGAGGAGCAGCUGUCCACCCGAGGCAUGGACGCUUCCCUGUCCCAUCAGUCCCUAGUCGCGCUGUCGGAGAAACUUGCAGAACUGAAACGGCAGACUGCACCUUUGAAGAAAAAAUUAGAGUCCUAUUUAGACUUAAUGCCGAAUCCAUCUCUUGCUCAAGUGAAAAUUGAAGAAGCAAAGCGAGAAUUAGAUGCCAUAGAAGCUGAACUGACAAAGAAAGUAGACAUGAUGGAACUGUGACCAGAGCCAAGUUAACGUCCUUUCCCCUAACAAGUACUUCUGUAGGACUUAAAAGAGUUUGGUUUGCUCUUGGUAUUCCUUAAAAAUGUAAUUUCUGUAUUCUUAGAUGAUAAUGUCAGUAUCGUUAGAAUGAUUAUUUCUGGCUGUAUAUUGUAUUUUUGUGCCCAUAUUCAUAUUAAAAAGCGUUUGUGUU